AUGUUCGAUCAGAUCAUUGAUCAUCAGUUAUUACGUAUCCAUUCAAGUAAAACCCUUACUUUCAAUGAAUCCUUACAGAUAUUAGCAAUCCAAUCUGGCAAUUUGGGAAGACCAAUGAGAUCCUAUCAGCGUAUAUCCAGGAAUCCCAUCGGUGGUUUCCAUAAUUCGAUUAAUCUCAACUGGCUGUUGAAAGCAAUCUAUGUCAAACUUCAUUGGUCAAAUUCACUAGAUGGUCAUGAUGUUAUAUAA